GGGCCUGGUAGUGUUAAGAGUUUCACAGGACCUGUACCCAAUACCAGCUGCAACUAAACAGACUAGGUGGGCAAGAAAUGGGUCCUGCUUAACCCCAAAGAAAUAUGCAACAUUACAAUAAGCACAGGGGCGACAUCCCUCCUAAUCAGGAAUUCCAUUGCAGGAACAAGAAUAAAUCUAGCCCUAUGAUUGGUUGCAGCACGUGUGUAUGAUUGCUAAUAGAAUACGCUCAGCUGCCAUAGGUUGGUUGCGGCACAUGACUUCACAGCUGAUUUACUGGCCGUAUUUGGGGAUACCGGAGUUGCACAUGGCACACUCAGUACCAGAGAGCAUGGAUCCAAGUGGCCUAAUUCGAGUGGAGCACGACAGAAAGAGAAGACAGUUUUCUGUGCGGCUAAACGGUUGCCAUGAUCGAGCUGUUCUUUUGUAUGAGUAUGUGGGGAAAAAAACUGUGGAUCUGCAACACACUGAAGUUCCAGAUGCCUUCAGAGGGAGAGGGAUAGCCAAACAUCUUGCUAAGGCUGCCAUGGACUUUGUUGUCGAAGAAGAUCUGAAGGCUCAUUUGACCUGCUGGUAUAUUCAGAAAUAUGUGAAGGAAAAUCCACUUCCUCAAUACCUGGAACGUUUACAGCCUUAACCUGGACUUCCCUGAGACUUAUUUUAUACACCAGCACACUGAGCCCAUUGAACAGACACUGGGAUUAGGAAAGCUCAGGGAGUAGAGAUCACAGAACCCACCAGCCUUAGCCAUGAGUGCAGCAAAGGGAACCUUUUAUACAUGAGUAAUUGCAAGUACAAAUGUUUUAACACCAUCUGACCUGUCUUCAGAUUAUUCCUAUUGAGUGGCCACCAAAGGGUGCAUCUCUGGUUUCUGAUAAGCUUUGUUGUAUUGGCUCUGCUUCAUGUGGGAAAUAAUGUCCUGGAUCUUCUGCUCUUGGCUAUGCCUUCAGGAAUUUCACAUGGCUUUUCUAUUGAAGGCACAUAAGACAACUCUGAACUCUGAAAGCAGAAAAGUUUAGAUGCAGAUUCUAAAUUAAUGCCAGAAAUCAGCAGAAGCAUUUGAAAAUGAAUGGGGUUGGUCAUGAUCAUUCCAGAAAAUAACAUACUGUGUUAAACUUUAUUUGUAUUCACUUUAAACCCUUCUUAAUUAUUGAUAUCCUGUUGGAUGAUAGCCAGAAUCAUUUGCAGUUUUAAGGCUUUUUGCAGAAACCCAGUGGAUUUUCUUGCUAGAAAAUUCAGAUGAAUUGAAAAAUUAUCCCUUUCGUCUCCAUUGUCUUAUCAUGAUAUCAGAAGAUUAAAUUGAAGACUGAAGGGUUUUGUGUGAAGAUAUUGGCUAAAAUGUUGCUUUUGUCUACCUUUCAGCAGCCAUCGUGCAGUUAUCUGUUAAAAAUGUCCUUUUGAUUGCUGUUACUUUCCCCUCCCCCUAGUACAGUUGUUUGCUUUUAAAUCAAUGCCAAGGAUAUAAUGUAUGCACUCAUCACCAUUGUUUGUGGAAGUUUAGUAUAUGGGAUCACAAAUAAAGUUUGCAAAGUAUCCAUGAUACUCCCUGAGCUGAUAAAUAAUGGGACUGCUAAGCAGAGUUUAGAGACUGCAUAGUAUGUUGCUUCUAAUCUGCACUGGUGUUUGGACUCCUGCUGCUGUUCAGAGGUUGCACAUGUGCACACUGCUGUAGAACAAUAUAGCUGCAGGCCCCUCAAAUAAGCAUUCAUGUCUUAGAUAGGCUUAUAAUAAUCAUGAAAGCUAUAUGUUAUGUUUUAUUUAGUGGUUUCUUAAGAAUAAAAUAAACUGUGUU